AAGUUUUUUCAGAUAAAGGAAAAAAAAAAGGAGAGCAGUAAAGAAAAGAAAUUUGGCAAUAUGAAUUGAAAUGGAAAAGAGAGAUGAAAAAAAAAAACCAUCAUCCAUGACGCAGAGCACAAAAAAAUAUCAUUAAUCAAACCAAACAUACAUCCAAUCCGCAGCACCGUAUCAACGGAUAGUCGCUAUAAUUUAUGAGAUCCUGAUCGAGGAAAAAGAAAUAAAAAAAUUCCUGUGAUCAAUGGGGGGCCAGAAAACUCCUUCCCCCUCCUCCUCCUCCUCCUCCUCCUCCUCCUCCUGGUUUUCUCACUUCUGCUCCUCAGCUCUCAGGACCAAACCUAUAAAUUCUCCACUUGACACCAUCCUCGUCUCUCGUAAUUCCACUGAUGCCCUCGUCCGUCGCCUCGGCCUCCUCGAUCUCAUCCUCCUUGGCGUUGGUGCCUCCAUCGGCGCCGGCAUCUUUGUUGUCACCGGGACCGUCGCUCGCGACGCUGGGCCUGGGGUAACAUUCAGUUUUAUACUAGCUGGGUUAUCGUGUGUGUUGAAUGCACUGUGUUACGCAGAGUUGGCUUCACGUUUACCUGCUGUUGUUGGAGGAGCAUACCUGUACGCAUACUCAGCUUUCAAUGAGCUUACUGCUUUUCUUGUUUUUGGGCAGUUGAUGAUUGAUUAUCACAUUGGGGCAGCUAGUAUAGCAAGAAGCUUAGCAAGUUAUGUUGUUACGAUUUUAGAGAUGUUCCCUAUUUUUAAAGAUAAUAUUCCGAGUUGGAUUGGACAUGGUGGUGAAGAGUUCUUCGGAGGAACUCUUUCCAUAAAUUUGUUAGCGCCAUUUUUACUUGCUCUUUUGACUGUAAUUUUGUGCUUGGGUGUUGGAGAAUCUUCGAUUGUGAACUCUUUCAUGACUGUAUUAAAGGUUAUCAUUGUUAUCAUUGUAAUCUUUGUGGGUGCUUUUGAGGUUGAUGUUUCGAACUGGUCACCUUUUGCUCCACAUGGUGUUAAGGAAAUAUUAACCGGAGCCACUGUAGUGUUCUUUGCAUACGUUGGGUUUGAUGCAGUUGCAAAUUCAGCUGAAGAAUCUAGGAGACCACAGCGGGACCUGCCGCUAGGCAUCAUUGGAAGUCUUGUCAUAUGUAUUGCACUUUAUAUUGGAGUCUGUUUGGUGCUCACUGGGAUGGUGCCUUACUAUCUCCUUGGGGAAGAUGCUCCAUUGGCUGAGGCUUUCACCUCUAAGGGCUUGAAAUAUGUUUCUAUUUUAAUCAGCAUAGGUGCUGUUGCUGGACUUACAACGACCCUUUUAGUUGGUCUUUACGUUCAGUCUCGAUUAUAUCUGGGUCUUGGAAGGGAUGGUUUACUGCCUUCUUUAUUUUCUAAAGUGCACCCAACACGUCAUACUCCUAUUCAUUCUCAAGUCUGGGUUGGUAUUGUUGCUGGCACUCUGGGAGGGUUGUUUAAUGUGCACGUGCUCUCACACAUUCUGUCAGUUGGUGCAUUGACAGGUUAUUCUGUUGUUUCAGCAUGCGUCCUAGCCCUUCGCUGGAAGGAUAAGACAGCGAGUCAAUUUUCUUCAAGAUGGACUUCAGCAUGGAGGGAAGGGGUUCUUUGCAUUGUCACAGUUGCCUGCUGUGGUUUUGCUGCUGGACUCUUCUACCGUUUUAGUGCUUCAUUUAUUUUUCUGGUCGUGGCAGUUGUUAUAGCUAUACUUGCUACUGCUGCUCUUUGUUGCCGUCAGACUUACACCAACCCUCCAGGGUUUUCGUGUCCUGGGGUUCCCAUUGUGCCAGCUGUUUGCGUCUUCUUCAACAUGUUCCUGUUUGCUCAGUUGCACCAUGAAGCCUGGGUGAGAUUUGUUGUCCUGAGCAUUAUCAUGGUUGGAAUAUAUGCAUUCUACGGGCAGUAUCAUGCCAAACCAGAGAAAUCCCAUGCGUAAAAAUAUCACGAGAGUCUCGGGAUUGAAGGAUGAAAAUAACAGAAUCCCCAGGAGGAACAUCUUGCCGAUGAACGUCUCUCUGUUAAGUGCUCGAGCUCUCCUUGCCUUUACCAGUUUUCCGUUCCACAGUCCACAUCUCCCUAACAUUCUCCAAAACCAUGUCGUAGAGUAGAUCGAAUGCCCUCACAUGUGCAAGAAGCUGCCUCUUAUUACGCAAACCGACUCCUGACAGCAGUUGACGUAGAAAGACUACUGAGGACGGAGAAGAGCUAUUGAAGAAAACAUUUUGUAAGUCACUAAAUCAUCGGGCCAAAUUUUGUCCCGUUGAAGCUAGAACCUCAUGAUCGGAUCUUAAGAAGCAACAUUCAGGGUGUAUUAACGAGAAAAUUCUUUCCCA